GUAAUACAGGAAUUGCCAAUAUAACCUGUAUUUAGUCUUCGGAUGUUUAGAUUUCUUGUUUGACGUUGAUUAUUUCAAUGUUGCCGCGUACUUUUAAUGCAAUUGUUUCAGUAUCGUUUUUUUCUCUGUGGAAAUAACGAAAUUUCAUCAUGGUGCUAAGUGAAGUGGAUAAAUUUCUCCAGGAAUUAGAGAAAGCUGAAUUGGAGGCGCCUGGUGGAGUUGCAUCACCACAAACUUAUGCUCAAUUAUUAGCCGUAUAUCUUUAUCAAAAUGAUCUAUGCAACGCCAAAUACUUAUGGAAGCGGAUACCAGCGGACUUGAAAAGCGGAAACGGAGAACUUGGCCAGAUAUGGGUGGUAGGACAACGUAUGUGGCAGAGAGAUUGGCCUGCAGUACACGUGGCCCUUAAUGCAGAGUGGAGUGAGGAUGUUUCUGACAUUAUGGCUGCUUUAAAAGAUAAUGUUCGAGAAAGAGCAAUUAUCUUAAUAUCCAAGGCUUAUUCGUCAUUGGGUUUAACCGUGUUCGCAUCAAUGACGGGCUUAACGUUGGAAGAAGCGCGUCGGGUUGCCAUCGAAAGAGGUUGGACCGUAGAUGGGACGAUGGUGCAGCCUUGCAAGAUUCAAAAAGAGGAGAGUAACCUCGCCCAUGAGGUGUGUCUGACCGAGGAUCAGCUGUACAAACUCACUCAAUUCGUGUCUUUCUUGGAGAACUAGACGGGCAGCGAGUUAUCAAUGACGAUGCUCACGCAACAUGAAGACACGAACAUCGACAGUACUUUAAACUUAGUUUUACCUCGUAAUCGUAUUAUAUAAAGGAGGAAGUGCUUCAAAGGAGGCACCUGUGUCCUUUCCCUAAGUAUAUAUCUCGGUCUACCUACGCGUUCUAUUCAGUCGGAAGACUCAUUCGAUGAAGCUCGCUGUAAGCAUGGAGUCAACAACUCGAUUAAUCAAUAACUGGCUGCUGUGUGCGAGGAAACUGGCAUUUUCUAGAAGAAGCACUUUUUACAGAAGAGAAGAUUCACGGACCGCAUCACGGGUUUUAGCUUAAUAUAUAUACAUACGUUCUAAUCAACCAGUGUUCAUUUAGAAUUAAAACAUCUGGAACGAAUUAUUCUGUUGUAUAAAAUAAUAAUCACAGAUGUGAUCAAUUA